CUCGCCAAGGUACCCGCCUUUGCAAUGAUCAUGGUGGCAGAGAACAUCUCGUUCCGCCCACCCAACAAUCCCUUCCCACAAACCGAAGAUCAAAAGAAGUUUGGCGGAGCCGAUUUGAUCACCCGUCUCGCAGGGUGGUUUCCCGCUGUCGGUCUGGCGAUUGACUGCACCUUCCACUUCUGUGAAGUUGCCGCGAUCCUCGCACGAGAAUUCCCCUCGCCGCUCUCCGACCGCAUCCUCGCCACCCUCUUCAGAGACUCAUCAAGGGUCGACAAACUUGCAAUAUCGCCGCCGUUCGUUGUCGCGUUCCUGCUGUUGGUCUUAGGGGCGGCAUGGCGCAAGAAGUGUUACGACACCCUCGGGAAGUUGUUCACCUUUCAGCUUGCCAUCCUCAAGGAACACAAGCUCGUCACGACCGGCCCGUACUCAGUCGUUCGCCAUCCUGCAUACACCGCGUUCAUCAUGACUGACAUCGGCUGUCUCAUGGCUUUGCUGCUUCCUGGUUCGUACAUUCGCGAGAGCGGGGUGCUGGAAAACCCGUGGAUCGCGAUUGGCAUAGCCUGGUCAUCAUUGCUCCACCUUGCCAUCGCCCUUACUGCGGUGAAGCGGAUCGCGGUAGAGGACGCGGUGUUGAGGAAGGAGUUCGGCUCUCAGUGGGAGGAAUGGGCACGGAAGACGCCGUACAGACUGAUUCCAUAUGUAUACUGAGCUGCACAAUCGUAUCACGAACCGACUCCAUGCAUUUGCUAUUGACGUUAAAGGC